UUUUACACUUUCUCUCUCUCUCUUUCUCUAUUAGUUUGUGUCUCUCUGUCUCACUGUCUUCCUCUCCCCUUGAUCGUUUCGUUACCUGUUUUGGUAGUUUUAGGUUAUGGCUAGAGUCCAGUCGAUUCUUAGUUUACCUGAGUAACAGUUAAACUUUUCUAUUUUAUAUUUACUGACUAUAACAAUUCUUUUAACCAUUUUAACACUGUUUGUUUUUAGUUUCAUCAAAUUUCCUAAUUUUUCUCAUACACUGCGUUUUUGUUUUCAUUUGAGCCUAAUUUUUUAAGUUUACCUAAUUUUUGUUCGAAAUCUACUUAAACAAAUAUUAAAAAUAUCAUGGAAACUCAGCAUAUCGACUCGCCAAUCACUUCAUUUUAUCGAAACAAAUCAGUCUUUGUGACCGGAGCAACUGGCUUUCUUGGAAAGGUUUUGGUUGAAAAACUCGUCCGAUCGUGUGAGGUAAAACAUAUUUAUAUAUUACUUCGUUCAAAGCGAGGUAAGAGCGUUGAAAGACGGCUUGAGGAAUUUAUCCAGAAUGAUGUUUUCAGUGCCUGUGAUCCAAUCAAAUUGUCAUCAACUAUAAUUGCCUUGGACGGUGAUUUAACACAAGAAGGAUUAGGACUUUCAUCGUCUGACCGUCAGAAAAUUAUCGAUGAAGUUUCCAUUGUUUUCCAUUCAGCAGCAUCAGUUCGAUUUGACGAUCCUCUCAAAGACUGUUUGACCACCAAUGUAAAGGCCACUAAAUGGGUUUUGGAGCUUUGUCAGGACAUUGCAAACCUUGAAGUGUUUGUCCAUGUAUCAACAGCUUACGCCUAUUGUCAGAAACCAAUAAGCGGAGAGGUUAUUUAUCCGAUGCAAGUGAACGUCGAUGAAAUGUUGGAGGCAAGCGAAACAAUGGAUAAUGAAACUUUUGAGAAGAUGUACUCCAAAUAUUUUGAAGAUCGUCCCAAUACAUAUACAUUUACCAAAGCACUAGCUGAACAAUACCUGAAAAAUCAUGGAAAAGGGAUAACAAUUGGUAUUGCUAGACCUUCAAUAAUAACAGCAACUUGGAAAGAGCCAGUUCCUGGCUGGGGAGAUACUGUUAAUGGUCCAAGUGGAGCUUGUCUUCUUGGUUCUUUGGGUAUUGCCAGGACCAUGUACUUUAAACCCAACUGUAUCUCUGAUUUGAUUCCAGCGGACACUGUGGUUAAUGGUCUCAUCGCCAUUGGUUGGUACAUGGCAAACACCCAUGCUGGUCAAUCAAAUGGUGAAAAAAUGAAAGUCUUCAACCUGACCUCCGGUGAAACGAAUCCAGUUACAUGGGAACAAUUUUUAAGCUAUGGUAGGGAAGCUGCUGUGGAAUCACCGUCUCUCCAAAUGUUAAGACCACCAGUUAAAGUGAUGCAGGGUAAUCAUGUUUCCCGGUUUGAUCAUCUCAUAACCAAAUAUUUCUCGGAACUUCUCUUUGCUUAUCUCAUCGAUUGCAUCCUUUUUAUCCUUGGCCAACAAAGAAGAUUGGUUCGUUUGGUGGGUAAAAUGCAUUCAGGUUUUGAAUUGUUGACUUAUUUUGCCCGACGCCAAUGGAGCUUUCCUUGUGACAACUUCAAUCAACUGUCUGAUAGCCUGACUGAAGAGGACAAGUUAAAAUUCAAUAUCGAUAUAAGUACCAUCAACUGGCGCAAUUAUACUCAUAGAUUGUAUUUAGGAAUAAGAAAAUAUCUUCUCAAAGAGGAAGACUCAACCAUUCCAGAAGCUAAGAAACGGAUGACAUGGAUUUACAUUGGUUAUUAUUUAGUUCAAUUCAGCUUCUUAUCAAUCAUCAUGUACAUAUUUUGUAAACCUCUAUUCAGGCUGUUUCUUCAUUGAGAUCUUUUUGUAAUCAUUUUACCUUCUUUAUAUUGUUCAGCUGAUCGUUGAAACUUAUAACUAUGAUUUUUAUUAUUAAAUAUCAUCUUUAAAUGGUUUUCCAUUCA